UUUAAGAAACUGCGUCGCUCGGUUUUGGGAAGCUAAGUGAGUCAGAUAUGGCGGAAUGGAAACACACUACAGCGUCGGCUCCGUCUUCAGCAAGCAUGACCUCGCUGGGUCGAGCGCUGUCUCGCAGCAGGUUAAGUCAGCCAGAAGGGUUUCAGUCGCAGAAGAGCCGGAGCGCCGCGGGUCAGACUCGCAGGAGGUACUCCAGCAGCUCAGAGUCACCUGAUAUCAGCCCAAAUAUCGAGGCGAGGGUCCUGGUCAUAAACACCGGCGGAACCAUAGGAAUGACGUAUCAUAAUAACGUUCUGUCUCCAGAACCUAAUGCUCUCGUUGAAACUCUACGCAAACUCCACAUUCUGCACGAUGAGCAGUACGCACAACAGACCAGACUUUAUGAAUACUACAAACCUCCAGAGAACACGCUGGUGCUGCCACUGUCCAAACAGAACAAGAGGAUUGUAUAUACAGUUUUAGAGUACUCUCCCCUCCUCGACUCCUGCAAUAUGACCACAGAUGACUGGGCCACUAUUGGAAAAGACCUUGAGAAACACUAUGAGCAAUAUGAUGGUUUUGUCAUCCUGCACGGCACAGACACAAUGGCUUACACCGCCUCUGCCUUAUCCUUCAUGUGUGAGAACCUGGGAAAGCCUGUCAUCCUCACUGGCUCACAGGCAUAAGGAUGUUGUGAAACUGCUGAGGAAGACUGGAGCUCAUUUUUCCCGGGAGGAAAUGGAGGAUGCUGGAACGGAGUUGUGCAGGUGUCAUUUACAUAUUGUGACGGGAGGAGCCAACGACAGACACGGUGGGUGUGGCGUCAGGCCUCGGAGAGGCUUUUAUUAAACAAAAUUGAUAAAAUAAAGUGUCCAGGGGAAGAAGUGUCCAACAAAACGGGGGGAUCUGGUGUCCUCGUUGUGCUGCGGGGCUCGUGAAGGAGGGCAGUGUUCCAGGAGGAGGAGAGGGUCCAGGGAAGGGGCGGAGUCCCGGUGGCCGCACGCGCUCCCGCUCUGGCCGGGACACGAGGGGCGGCGGCUUCUCUCUAAGCGGCGGCUCUUCCUCUUCACCUGCUCGGCCUUAGGCAGGACUUAUACGGCCCGACAUCUCUGGUCCGACGACCGCGUACGGGCUCAGCAGCUCACAUCCUGGGUGGCGCGAGUCCCUCAAUGCACCCUUCCUGGACCCACGAGGACACCAGCGUGCAUGCACGGGGGAAGAGACCGGUCUCCUGAGGAGAGGCGCGCUCGGCAUUUAACGGCGGCGGUGAUGAGGCUUCAUUCAGUCCAGCUGUGCCUCAUCACACGCCGCCAGCCCACGUUGAUCCCACGCCCCUCCUCUCAUCCACCCACUCCAGUCGGGAGCCUGGUGAAGGGCGGCGAAUAAGGGACGGGGUGGUGAUGAUGAUGAGGGGGAGGUGCCACCGCUCCGUCACAAUAUACACAUUUCUUCACAGUUCCUCCUUCUCUUACUACUUUUACAAACUUUUGUGCACAAAAAUUUGAUAGAUAGCAAAUAUUAUUAUUAUUAUUAAUUUAUUUUAUUACUAUUCUUACACUUAGAGUGGAUUUCCAAACGGCACAUUAACAUACAGUUCAACAAAAUCUUUUUUUUUUUCUUCUUUUUGGAAUUUAAAAAUGAUGAACAGUUCAGUAUAUUGAACACAUACCAGAAAUGGUCGUCUCCUGUGAUUAUAUGACUGGGUUGGUGAUUGCCCAUUUAGAGCUUCUACUGUGUUUUUUCCAGUCUUGCGGCGAGUGGCGACUUAGAAGGAUUGGAGAUUUGGCAGUUAGCUGGGGUGGAUAUGACCAUAUGUAGUUAUGAUGGACAGAUACCCAUUGAAGUGGCAAGAGCCAGUGGAUGUGAGGAGGUUGUUGAGUUCUUAAAGCAGGCUACUUUGUACCAAGCUCAGAAUAGCGAGUAUAUUGAGUUUACCGCUUGUCCAAGAUCCUGAGGAGGCCGUCCUGCGAGCUGUCACUUCCUGUCACUAUCGUCCAUCCAGUUUCUAAUUUUAAGCAGACCUAUUUACCUUACUUGGACAAACAUCCUCUUAAAACAUAAAGAGCACAAGCCAUACCUCUUAAGCCCGUCCCUCUAAAACAGUAAGCAAUCAGUUAUGAAUGUAUCGUGAUGAUCAUACAUACUAUUUAUGUACAAGCACAUUAUUCAGACUAUAUUACAGUACAAGGUACUGUAACUGCUGAUGUCAAACAAUAUGUGACCUUGGACCACAAAACCAGUCUUAAGUCGCUGGGGUAUAUUUGCAGCAAUAGCCAAAAAUACGUUGUAUGGGUCAAAAUUAUCAAUUUUUCUUUUAUGCCAAAAAUCAUUAUGAUAUUAAGUAAAGAUCAUGUUCCAUGAAGAUAUUUAGUAUAUAUUUAAUAUAUCAAAACUUAAUUUUUGAUCAGUAAUAUGCAUAGCUAAGAACAUAAUUUAGACAACUUUUUUUUUUUUUUUUGCACCCUCAGAUUCCAGAUUUUCAAAUAGUUGUAUCUUGGGCAAAUAUUGUCCUAUACUAAUAAAUACAUCAAUGGAAAACUUAUUUAUUCAGCUUUCAGAUGAUGUAGAAAUCUCAAUUUCGAAAAAUUGACACUUAAGACUGGUUUUGUGGUCCAGGGUCACAUAUAAUAUGUCCUCAUUUGAAAAUGAUAUAUUUAUUGUUUAGAUUUAGAAUGAGUUUAGAUAUUUGAAGCUUCAUUCAGUGUUCUUAAUGUGUUCACAUGUGUCAGAUUCAGUGUCACCUAAAUGUGAAUGUGUUUUUAAAAACCAAAUACAUGUUGUAACCACACUGAAGAGGAAGGUUGGUGGUUUUACAUACUGUAAUAUACAGAGAAGCAAACCUAAAAAAAGUUUGAUGGUUCAAAAGUUAUAAAUGUAAAACUAAAACGUCUCAGGUUACUUGCAUAACCCAUGUUCAGGUUGAGGGUGCCAGAUCUUGCCCUGAAGCUGAGAUAGCAAAUCUUCUCUGAUCGGAAUGCAGAAGAGAAAUCAGCUCCGAGAACCACAUCUGGGACGGACAGAACGGGGCUACGAGCAAGAAACGCACCCUGCUCUCCUUCACCAUGCACAGGACUGCCGAAAUCAGCUUGACAGGCGGAAACGCAUACAGUCUCAGGUUCGGCCACGAGUAAGCGAAUGCAUCUAUGCCCAUUCGAGGUGCUGGGGAACUCAGGGAGAACCAAAGUGGGCAUUGGGACGAUGCAAAGAGGUCUACCUCCACCCUGCCGAACAAGUCCCAAAUCUUGGCUACUGUUCGGUGGUUCAGCAUCCAUUCCCCCGAUCUGAGCUUCUGUCUCGACAGAAAAUCGGCUGCGGGACAUGAGCCAUCUCAGGGAGAGGAGCCUGCCUUGGGUCCCAAGGAGAAGAUGGUGCGCAUGUCUGUCCAGGGUGCGCGACCCCCUUGGCGGUAUAUAUGAGAAACUACCGCCAUACUGUCUGUCCUGACAAUUACGUGACACCACCUGUAGUGAGGGGAGAAAGUGUAUCAGUUGCCAGAGAGACGGCUCACAGCUCCAGGCUGUUUAUGUGCCAAGAGAGGAACUCUCCCGUCCAAACUUUGCAUGCUGGUCUGUCCUCGAAGACCGCACCCCAGCCCGUCAAACAGGCGUCCGUCAUAACCAUUUGGCGACGGUAACAGCACUUAUACUGACCCUUCUCUUGAGAGGGAUGACUCCCUCUCAAAAACCGCGAGUCUAGUGUUUUGAGACAAAGAUGAACAGAAUUUACAUUUAGAAGCGCUGCAAACUGUGUGCGAAAAACUCAAACACUAAGUUAACACACCGUGUGGGUCGUCGCUCACACUGAAGCGAGAACAUGGUGGCUGGUGGCUGGUAGCAACGGAAUUCCAUGCACUUCACCACAAGAAGAACAGUUUCUACUAUCGCAGUGAAGUGCAAUGAAGAAAGCUCAAUGAAAAAUAGUCCGAAUAUCGGGCCAGAAAAACCGCAACAGAAGGGCUAAUAUGGCCACUUCAUGAAGGAAGAGAAAUCAGGAGCAGAUGGCGCAUUUGCCAGUAUAAGGAUGGUGAUGUAAGAGUGUCGGGGUGGCGCCCGCACCAUCAGCCAAUGAAUUGGUGUGAUUCUAUAUGGGCUUCAGACAAUCGGCACAACCAGAGGGCGUUCCCAUUGCGUCAUAGUGAACCUAUGAAAGAGAACAAGUUGCCUUGAGACUAUGAGAGUAACUAUAAAAAACUAUUUGUAAUCCAAAAUUUAGUGGAACACCAGUGUUUUCCUGUGUUUGUCUGUAAUUCAGUUGAAUUUUAGUUCACCUCAGAAAAGGUUUCAAAUAAAUUGUUUUAUUGUUACGUUUUUUUGUUGUAGCUAUAAAAAUACAAAAGCAUAUGUUUAUGCGUUGGCAACAUGCAAACUGACACGUCUGUACUGUCUUUUUGACAUUAAAAGGCUAUCAAUAUGUUCUUUUGCAAAAAUGUACAAUACAUUUCUCAUGUGCAAAGAGAAAAUGUCAAAAGUGUCCAAAAAUACAUAAUUAUAUAUCACAUUAUAACAUACUGUUAUGAAGAGAGUCAGUUAAGAACUACUACGUAUAGUUUUUUUUAUUUAUUAUAGAAUUAUAUUCAUUGCUUUGCUUUUAUUUAUUUAUUUAUUUUCUGAUACUUGCUUUGUAAACACUUUUUUCUUUUUUCUUUUUUGGUUUCCUGCAUUUAUACAUUUCUCAUGUCUCAUUCUACUAUUCAGACACAAAUAUAGGAAAAUGAUACAAAUGCUUAUUGUCCUGAAAAGGCUCAUUCAGUAUUGCAUCUGUUUGUCCAACCAGCGGCAGA